AUGGCGAGCCGUGUGGAGGGUCAAAUUUAUUUUGCUCUGUCUGAGUCUCUGGAGAUGUUCGAUGCCAGCAUAGUCGCGGCAUUCUGUCUAAUUUUCGAGUCACGAGCACACUCCAUCUUCAAGCCACUGCUUCCACAGCAUCAUUCCAUGCCAUGCGAAGACGGCGAUCGGGUCGCCAGCGUCGUCAUCGGCCUCCUCUUCCUUAUCUGGAUAGGCUACGGCCUGGUACAAGCACACCGUGGAGUCGGAUACGGCACCUUCUUCCAACGCUUCUUGCAGAAUACCUUCUCGUGCUGCGCAAUCGAUCCACCGGAGGACAUUGAGAGGGCUGCGGCGUUUACGGAUAGCGAUAUGAGCGACGAGAAAUCGAGGAGGAUGUCGAUGCAGUCGUGCAGAUGGUUCAUGGACAAGGAACUUGGCGGCAUUGAUCGCGGUAGGCCGGUGCAGCGAGAGAGGGCUAAUCACCUGACUUCGGCCAAAAGAAGAUACUCUCCGGCGCAGUGA